GUGGCGCUGGAGACCCUGGACGAGCGCCUCCUGCGGGAGGCCGACGAGUCCCUGGAGGCGAGGUCGCGCCUGGAGCCAAGCGCCAACCUGCAGGCGGCCGGGUCCACGGCUCCGCAGGCGCCCCGGGCCGAGCGGCACGGCGACGGCGCCGGGGCCCGCGCCGCCCUGAGAGGCGGUCAUGCGGGCACCGGCUCUGCCACUCGCUUCUCGGCUUCCGAGCUCCAGGAUCUCAGGGACAGGCUCGAGAUCGAGGAGAAGGUCUUCGUGCCCACCCACGCUUCGCCGAGCGUCUUCAUGGAUGGGGACGGCCUUGGCGCGAGCCCUGUGACUGAGGACAGCGGGAGCAAUGCGGCCUGA